ACAUGGAUAUCAACAGGGUUAGCAAUUGAAGAGGCUCAGAUUGCAUUGCUCAUCGAGGUCCGAAGGAUCGGAAGAAGAUCCACCGAGACACAGAGAUUAGACAUCGCCCAUCAAAGAGAUUGGCUCCAAGGCCAGAUAGAUGGAUUUGCUCGGUCUGCUCUAACACAUCUCGGGGAGGGAUUUGAUGCAGAUGAUGAACCUAAAGACUUGGACGUAGACAUUCUAGAUGAUCUCGAUGAUGACCCGGCGGAUUUCACAGAGACAUCUCACACAUGGACAAACUCUCCCGAGCUAACUGUAAUCCCAUUGCCAUCAAACCUGGGGGUUGAUAGAUGCAGACAAUGCAUGGCAAAGGAUCUGAUUCCCCUGGAGAUGUCGCUUCGUGAAGGGCAGGCCAAUGAUGCCCUUCACAAUCUCCGCAUUUACCUUUGCAACAAGGCCAUCCUGUUCCGAACAAUCGUUAGGCAGGCCAAUUCCCAGGCCCUGAAAACUCGAGCUUGGUCCCAGGUGACGUCGGUGCAGCAGGCAGUCUCCCUCCAUGCCAGCAUAUAUACAAAGACAAGGAAGCAAAUGAUGAAACUUGAGCCGGGGCAAGACCAGCUUCAGAAAUACAAACCCCUGCUUCGCGAGCAACUCAAAAUCAGCACUGCAGUGGGUGACCCAAAUGCCCGAGGUCAAUGA